AUGGUUAUUCUAUAUUUAAUGUUUUUUUUAGUAAAAUUAAUAAUUUACAUAUUUUAUUUGGCGAAAAAAAAAAAAAAUGAAAAAGGUUAUAAAUUCAAUUGGAGGGAACAGACCGACACACAUAAUUAUAAAUUCAUUUAUUCAAAAAAAAAACUAAAAAAUUUAUAA